GUGCCCAAGAAGGAUGGGAACUCAAUAUUAAAAUCCUUGAUCCAUCCGUAGUAGCAAACAUGAUCACAAAAGAGUUGAACGGAUAUUCAGUUGGAUGUGAUGAGAUUCCAUUAGGUGAUUCGUGUGAUUGGAUUUAUAAGAUCUGGGCGAAUCUUAAAGAAAGGGAUUAUGAUCUGACAGAAUUUGAAGAUAUUCAUUUACUACCUACUAAUAGUGGUAAUCUUAGAAAAUUAAAAACUAAUCAGAAAUGUUUUUGGAACAGUGUUAAUAAUAAACUUGACAAUGAUGUUCAACCUCUUAUUGAGAGGUUUGGUAUCGUUUUUGUUGAUAAACAAUUUGAGAAACUUGUUACUUAUGACCGAUCAAAAAUGUCAAAGUACGUAGCUGGUCUUGAAAAUUUAACGGAGGUAUUGACUUGCUUAAGUGUAAUUACUACAUUUCCAAAAAAUGUUCAGAUAAAAUUGCAACCUCAAGAAGCAGAAAUAAUAGCUAAUUAUUUGCGUUGUUUAUCUCCUGAUAAACCUAUCAACAAUGUUGUCAAAUAUCUUCCAAUUUUUUCUGAAAUUGGUAAAGAAACGCUUAUUGCACUUGAACCCAGUAAUAGAAAUUGGUAUUUGCUUCCAUGUGAAGACGAGAAAAGUUAUGGACAAAUAAUUGCGCCAAAUACAGAAGGAUUUAUUGAUGUAACAACACAUAACAAAAGAUUUCUUUUAGAAAAUAUUAUAAAAGUUAAACGAUUAUCACAACAAGAGUAUUGGACUAAAUUUGUGAUUCCAUAUCUGGGAAGUCAAACACUAGAAACCAUUGAAAUCGUUAUAAUAAGACUUUUUGAAAGAUUGCAACUCCUUUCAGAGAAUCUAAAUUUAAAAUCUGAUUUAGGAAAUAUAGAGUUUAUACCAGCAACUACGAUUCUUAAUAUACAUAAAAAAGAAAUUAAAAAGGCUGAUGUUAAAUUAAAGAAACCUACCGAUUUAUUUGAUCCUGAUAAUCAUUCCGCUUCAGAAUUAUUUUUUGAUGAUGAGUAUUUAUUUCCUGCUAAAAAUUUCUCUAAAAAGUUUCGUGACAACUUUUUGAUUUCAUUAAAAACGUUGGGGAUGAAACCAUAUCUUUCUUCCACUGAUAUUAUUCAACGAAUCAAUAUAUUUGCAAAACGAAAGGAUAAUGAAAUUAAUAUUGUACAUCAAAAAUCCUUAAAGUUAGUUAAAUAUAUUGAUAGAAAUUAUGAUAAACUUUUGGGAACUAAUCAACGAUUACAAGCACGUAACGUGCCUACAAUUAAUAAUGAACUUAUAUUAGUAUUGCAGACCAAAGAAUGGAUUCCAACGGUUGAUUCCACUGGCAAGAAAAAAAUUUCAAAACCAAUUGAUUGCAGAAGUAUAAUGCAUAAAAAUUUGGUUGGGCUAGUAAUGCCAAUUAUAGAUCAUACUUUUGAGAACAGGUCUUUUAUUAAAAAUUUGAAAUGGGAGUCUCGUCCACCUGUUGAUGCUAUUAUAGCGCAACUUAAUGCCUGUUUAUCCAUGAAAACGAUAAAUGAGAAUACUUUCAAAAUAUGUGAAGAAGUAUAUAAAUAUAUGAACGAUGAGAUGUAUAAUAAUUCCAACUUGGUAAAAUUUAAAGAAAAACUUAAAGAUAAAAAAUGGAUAUUUUGCAAUGGCAAAUUUUAUUCAUCGCAUAGGGUCGUGAUGACACUUGAUAAAAAUUUGGAUAGUAAAGCAUCAUUAAUUGUCGAACUUCCCUAUGCAUUUAGAUCAUGCAAGGAAUUAUUUAAAGAGAUGGGUGUAAGACAAAAAAUAGAUAUUCCUGAUUUAAUAAGCAUCAUAAAAGAAUUUCCUUCUACUGACUCUAACACUACAAAGAUAUUAUCUAAUGAAGAAGUGCACAAGGUGGUAUCGGUUAUUGAACUAAUUGUAAAUAGAAUUAACGAACAAAGGAUUAAUGAACAAAGUGACUUUUGUGAAAAUUUAAAAGAUUUGCUUGUACCAAGUACAGAUUGUCAAUUAGUGAAUUUACAUGAUAUUUAUUAUGAUGAUAUGAAAACAAGGCUAGAUGAUGAUGAGAAAAAUGAAUUAAAAAUAGUUCAUUCAUUAAUAUCUUAUUCUGUUGCAAAAACUCUUGGGAUUAAAAUGCUUGCUGGAAAAUUUAUUGAUUCCGGGACAAAUAAUGAUUUUGGUGAAGUCUAUGAACAAAAUGAGCAGUUAUCUGUUAGAAUACGUAAUAUCAUUAGUGAUUAUUCGCUUGGAUCAAUAUUUCCUGAAUUUCUACAGAAUGCUGAUGAUGCGGGAGCAAGAAAAAUUUGUUUUAUUAUUGAUAAUAGAGACUAUAGGAAAGUUAACAAAUGGUCUUUUAAUUUUCUCAACAAAAAUUCUGACAAACAAAAUUCAUUGUUAUCUGAUGAAAUGGAUCAAUGGCAAGGACCGGCUUUAUGGAUAUAUAAUGAUUCUGAAUUUACUCAACAUGAUUUUGAAUCCUUAAAAAAACUUGGCAUGGGAGGAAAGAGGGAUAAUAGAACAAAAAUAGGAAGAUUUGGAAUUGGUUUCAAUUGUGCAUAUCAUUUGACCGAUUUCCCAAGUUUUGUUAGUGGGGAACAUAUAGUUUUUUUUGAUCCGUUAGAAAAAUUUUUGCCAAAAGCUGGAAAUCCGCCUCUCAGUCCUCGUGGAAUAAAAAUUAAUUUCAUUGAAAAAAAUUUCAGAAAACGAUUUGAGGACCAAGUAUUUCCAUAUCUUGGAGUUUUUGAUUGUGAACUUAAAGAGAAAUUUAAGGGAACCUUAUUUAGAUUACCUCUACGAACAUCGACAAGUGAAUUAUCUAAUCAAGUAAUAAAACCAAAAGAUCUCAGAAGCAAACUUUUUGAAACUAUACAAGGACAUCGUGAGAUGUUAUUUUUAAGAAAUAUCGAACAAUGUAGUUUAUUUCAAAUGAAUAUAAUAGGUAAUAUGGAGUUAAUUUGGGAGACCAAAAUUCAGAAUAUGAAUGAUGAAAUUCGUGGACUUCGUAUUUCUCAUUCAUGGGAGGCAAGACUAUAUCAACUCGAAAUGGAAAUAUAUUAUAAGCAAAGUAGAUUUUAUGAAAAUUGUAAAUAUUCAGAAAUUUGGCUAAUCUGUUCAGGUGGUAGUAAUUUGGUAGACAAAUCCAGAUUUAGAGAGAUUUCUAAAGAGAUUAACCUUUCAGCAAGAGGUGGUGUUGCCAUGUUAUUGUCUAUAGGAGACGAAAAAUCAUUAGAAGAACUUAAAGCUGAAAGGUCUUCCAAUAUUCCAUUGCUUAAUGGAAAAGUUUAUUCGUAUCUUUCACUUCCUAUGCUUACAUCUCUUGGAGUUCAUAUCAAUGGAACAUUUUGUCUGUCCAGUGACCGAAAGAAUGUUUUACAAGAUAAUACUGAUCUCUUAACGGCUGAAACAAAAGAAGGAGAGUGGAAUAGAUAUAUUUUGUUAGAUGUAUUACCUCCACUACAUUCCAAACUUUUGAAUCACAUAGCUAACCAUUUGAUGUCACCAUUUAAUGAUGAAAUGUUUUCACAAUUAUGGCCAAUAACGUUUUCAACUACAGAUAUAUACAGAGAAUAUGGUUUAAAUGUACUCCGAGGAUUAUAUAUUAAAAGAUAUAAAGUUUUUUGGACUGAAGCGAAUGGAGGCGCACUGACCUCAUUAGAUAAGGCAUAUUUUGUGAAUUCAAAUGAUUCAACUAUUGCAGAUAUUUUUAUCACUCACGGAAAAGAGAUCGUCAAAUUAUCUCAGGAUCAAAUGAGUCAUCUUAAUCAAAUGUUUAAAAAAAUGGAAUUCUCAUCUCUAAAUUUGAUUACUCCAAAAUUGGUUUGUCAUUGGCUUCGAUACAAUCCAAAUAUUCUGAACAUUACAGGAGAAAAGUUGCAUGAAAUAGCGUUUCGGUUGUUAAACUUUAUUAUUCAAGCCAAAGAUUAUAAACAACUUGUUGGCUUACGAUUAUUACCACUUUGUGAUAAAUCUUUAGGGACCUUUUGUUCACAAACAUAUUACAUUGCGGGACUGGAGAUACGGAAGUUAUUUCCUAAAGCACAGUCACAAUUUGUUGCUGAUCCACCUUUUGAUUUUCAACGGAUUUUUAAAGAUGAGAAUUUUCGUAAUAAGCUUCAAAUUAAAGAUUUAGCGUCAGAUUUAAAUUCCAUUAUUGAUUUAUUAGAAUAUGUUCUACCACGUGAUAAAGAAAUCGAAUGGGAUCCUAAUGGAGUUCAGUAUCCAAAUAUCGAUUGGAUUUAUGAAAUAUUGAAACUGUUAUUCCCAGAGCAAAAUGUAAUGUCAACAUAUGAAUUUAAUAGAUUGGCAAGAUUUCCAAUAUUCUCAACAUGCAGACCUCAUUACAAACUCGUUUUACCAAGCUUGUCACAUCCUUUGUUGAUAUAUAAUUCAUAUCACCAAAUGGUGCCAAUACUUGCAAAGUUUGGUGUUAGAUUUACAUCAAUGAAAUUGCCAAAUCACAGUAAUCCAUAUAUUAAAGAAUGCAUCGAGCAACCAACCGCAGUGAAUAUGAUUAAAUCUCUUGAGAGAGCUAUUGGCAUACCACCAGUAUCUUUGAAACGACUAUUUUCUGAAAAACUUGAUCAAAAUGAGUUUGAAAAGUUUAGAUCAUUUAUUAAAAGUGAAUUUAUUAAUAUUCAACAUGAUAAAUCAAUUAAAUUUUUAAAAACCCUACCAAUAUGGCCUACUCAGUCACGUAGUACUUGUAUAUCCGCUCAAGAGGGAAUCAUACCUCCACAAGAUAUUCCUUUUUUCUCUAUUAGAGAAGAAACAAAUAUUUUUCUCAUAGAAUCUGAAUCAGACUUUAACGUGCUAUUUAGGCUAGGUGCUAAAUACAUAACACCGUUAGAAUAUAUUAAAGAGCAUCUGAAACCACAAAACAUAACAUUGGAUCAACAAUAUAUUGAUUUUUUAAAGACGGUUCUUUCUUUAGAAAAAAGAGAAAUUGAAAAUUAUUUAAUGCCGCUUAAACUAAUUCCAAAUUAUCAUCUCACAGAACUUGUCAGAGGAAAUACUUUAUAUGAUAUAAAUGAACAUCUUUUUCGUAGAAUUUUUUGGAAUACUAAUAAACUUUUACAUCCUGCUUUACAAGUAAAUGCUAAAUGUUUAAGUGUUCUAAAAAGGAUGGGAUUAAAACAUUAUGUCAAUUCUCUAACAUUUCUGGAAUGUGUACAUGAAAUUGAUUCAAAAAUUAAAAUGUUCCAAUCGCAACAAUUAAAUGAACAAAUUAAUUUAGUAAAAUCAGAUGCAAAAUUUUUGAUGGAAUAUUUAUAUGAACAUUUCGCAACCUUGAACUUCAGAAAUGAGCAAUGGUCAGAGUUGAUAUCUAUCAAAUUUGUGCCAGUAGACACAGAUCUGGAAAGUCCAUUGAAAGAAACUGCAGUUAGAACAACAGAAUUUGAAUCGAUAAAUUCUAUGUAUUAUCAAGAAUAUAAACUUCUUUGUUGGACACAGUGUCCAUUAUUUUCAAAGUCGGUAGAUCCCCCAAAUGCAUUUAAAAGCAGAUUUCCCAAUUUAUGUCGUCCUACAUUGGAUAAGAUUCUCGACAAUUUAUAUUAUGUUGCGCUAGACAUAUCUCAAGCGGAAAAAGAUUCAUGGAAAUCACCAGAAGGAGUUCAAUUAAUUUUGGAUAUUUUAAAUAAGACAUACAAGACAUUAGAAGAUUGGAUUAAGAUUCAAAUUUAUGAUAAUGUUAAUGUUCAAAUUCUUGAUGACAGAAUAAUAUCACGUUUACGAACAAAUGCAAGAAUAUUUUUGAAUGGUAAUGACCCUUUUAUCCCUGAAGAUUGGGUAGCAGGGCAAAAUCUUGUAUUCGGUACCCAAGAAGACGUUAGAACUGGAUUACAUAAGGUUCAUGAUAACUUACAAGGAUUUAAAAUAUUAUUAAAAGUAGCUGGAGCUCAAGAAAUUAAAAAUAUUAAAUUCAAUGUAACAACACAAAAUUAUUCGCAAGGAAAUAAGUUGUUUAGUAGACUUUUAGAUAGGUUUGAAAAACAGGAUGGAACAAUGCAUCAUGAUGUCGAGUUUCAAAUUCAGCAUGAAAAUGGGAUUGAGAAAAUAAAAGCUAAUCGAUAUGUUCUUUCAGCCGCUUCUGAAUAUUUUGAAACAUUAUUCAAUGGAAAGAUGAUGGAAGCUGCAGAACAUCAAAAAGUAACUGUUGAUAUCGACGAUAUCGAUCCUUCAGCAUUCCGUGUUCUGAUUCGUUGGUUAUAUGGUCAAGAACUUGAAGAAGCAAUUUCAGCAGUUUUUAAAGAUUCUAAAUGUUCUGGCGUGUUUCUAGUUGACUUGCUUAGAGCCUCAGAUAAAUAUCGAAUUGAUCCACUCAAAGGCCAGGUUGAAGUAAAAAUAAUACAAGAUUCUUAUGUUAAUAUUGAUAAUGCAGUUGAAAUUAAUGAAUGGGCGAAAUUACUUCGAGCAACACAACUUAACAAUUACUGUAAACAAUAUAUCAGAGAGAAUAAAUCACUUGUAAUUGAAAAAAAGAUAG